CUCUAUUCCAAAGUCAAAAUUAAUUUGCAAGGUGCAAUUGAAGGGUGUGAGGGGAGGUCGGGGCGGGAUGGGGGAUUUACUUAGAGACUUAGGGAAAUAGGAACAGUUUCAUCAAUUUUCCCUCCCAAAUGCCGCAAUCAAAUGUGAUCUCCCUCUUCCCUAAUGCCCCAGAUUCCAACCCCUCUCUAUCAUUCGGAAACAAUCUGAGGGUAUGACGAUUGAGAUGCUGAAAGGAUUGCCGUUCUCGGUGGACACAUGGUCGCCUAAUUCGAACCGGAAGAGGCACCAUUUCCUCACUCACGCCCACAAAGACCACACUCAAGGGAUCUGCGCUUACGCCUCUUCUCCAAUCUACUGCACCCUUAUCACCCAGUCCAUUGUCCUUCAACAUUACCCUCAGCUUGACAGGUCAAUCUUUGUGAGAAUCGAGGUUGGGCAGAGUAUGGAGAUUGAGGAUCCCAAUGGUGGAUUUACCGUCACCGCCUUUGAUGCCAAUCACUGUCCUGGUGCUGUUAUGUUCUUGUUUGAAGGCAAAUUUGGCAACAUUCUGCAUACUGGAGAUUGCAGACUUACUAUUGAGUGUUUGAGAAGUCUGCCCGAGAAGUAUGUAGGGAAGAAAGGAAGAGAGCCUAGGUGUCCGCUCGAUUGUGUUUUCCUGGAUUGCACUUUUGGCAAGUUUUCAUUGAGAAUGCCCACUAAGGAAUCAGCAAUCCAGCAGGUGAUCAAUUGUAUAUGGAAACAUCCUGAUGCCCCAACUGUGUAUUUGACUUGCGAUCUUCUUGGACACGAGGAAAUCCUGGUGAGUGUAUCCAGAACAUUUGGCUACCCAACGUCUCGUUUCCAAUUGUUUGAUGGAUUCCACGGGCUGUAUGAUAGAGCAGAAGCCAAGAUUGCAGAAGCUCGGGCUAAUCUCCAACACGAACCUCUUAUAAUCCGUGCUUCAUCACAGUGGUAUGCAUGUGGCGACGAAGGGUGUUCACAAAUGGAAAAUCAGAAAAAGGAAAGAUUUGAUCAAGCAGUGAGAGAUAUGCACGGAGUCUGGCAUGUCUGUUAUUCAAUACACUCUUCCAGGGAAGAACUGGAGUGGGCCCUGCAAAUUCUUGCACCCAGAUGGGUUGUGUCAACAACACCCUGUUGCAGGGCUAUGGAACUGGAUUACGUGAAGAAGCAUUGCUUUAACUGGAAGCGUUACAUGGACGAUCCGUUUUUGAAACUAUUGGAGAUUGAUGUGAGCCCAUCAUCUCAAGGCAUGCUGGAAGAAGCUUCCAGCCCAUCUGGAGUCACUUCUGAUGGUAAUAUUGAGAUCUUGACCCAGCUGGCAGUAUCGCCAAGUCGGCAGUUGCAGCAGCAUAUUUCUGCUCCAAGGAAGAAGCCACCCGUUACAUUAUUUGGUCGAGCUAGACACGGGGUUGUAGGUCCCGCUUACACCAUUGAAGUAAAAAAAGAAUGUGUAUUUCUGAAUACUGUUACUGAGGGGGGUGGCAAGAAUGAGUUGGAGUGCUCUAAAUGUUCUAUGACAGAUUUAAACAAAUCCGAAGAAUCUAAUGGAUCCUCAGAGAUUGUUACCAAGGAGGAGGAAAAAGAGAGUUGCUUGGAUGAAAAACAAGGUUCAAAUGUGUUUGAACCAGAAUGCAAGCCAACAGAUGAUAUAAAAGAGCAUCAUGAAAGAAGUGUUUAUUCUGCCGUGCCAAAUGGAUCCUCAAACAAUUUUAGUGCAAGCAUGAGAAGGUUUUACCGGUCCAUGAAUGCAUCAGUGCCUCAGCCUCUUCCAUCACUUGUAGAACUUAUGGCUGCUAAUAGAAAACGUGCAAAAAGGUUGCUGUGCCUGUGAGUUAUACGUUUAGAUUCUCUCCUGUGGUUCGUGCGUGCUGCUUUCUUUAAUCUUCCCAUAUGUGCCAGCAUGAUGUCAACUUGGUUCUUUCUCUGCCCUAUUCUUUUUCCAUUAUUGGAAUUGAAGCCCUUUAACAGAACACGGAAAGUAUUUGAAGCCCUUUUCUGCCCUAUCCUUUUUUCAUUAUCAAAUUUGAACUCCUUUAAAGUACUCAAUGG